CUCUUCUGGAGUCGCACAAAACGAGUGUCACGUUAACAGCCUGACAGCGAAGAUGCGGCUUCAGCCCGAGACGCCUGCAACUGGGAGCUUCUUUUCACCAACCCACGCAGGCAGAGAGCUUCAGUUCGCACAGAUUCGGGGCUGCCAAACUGCGGCAUGGCGAGCUGUGAUAAAAACACAGAGCUGGGAGAGAAGCCCCGGUGAUCUCUCAGACGGCCGGCCCGGCCCCGUGCCCCACGUAACUGUCAGGACACAUAACCUCAGGAGCCGAUCCGCAGCCCCACCGCCUUCCCCUCCGCUCCAAGGCCGAGCCCCGCGGGCAGGACGGGGCCACCCCCGAGCGCGGGCAGCGGCCCAAGGAUCGGCACGUUCCAUUCCCCUAGCAGCGCAGGGGGGUGCGCUCCGUAACCCCUGCACUCGUCGGAGAAAGGGACGCGAAGCGACUCGUUGCGCCGCUGCUUGCUUGGGCGCAGCGAGCCGUGCGACGGUCGACCCCGCGGGGGCGGCAGACGGCGGUGGGGGACCGAAGGGAGAGGAGGAGGGGGGAAGCGGGGCGGAGUUAGUAGGUUCCGGAGGGGCCGGCGGGUGA